AGAUAAUCGGGCAACCUAAAGGCGUUAUGCUUUGGUCCGACAGGACUUUAAAUUUGUUUCAUGAGCGAUGCAAGAACGACAUUGUAUAUUUGGACGCGACGGGCAGCAUUGUUCACAGAGCAAAGGGACAAACUGCACCAUUUUAUGUUUACGAAAUGGUCGUGAGAAAUCCAUCAAAAGGAUCCUCUCCUGUCCCUGUAGCCACAUAUAUCACCUGUGACCACACCACUUCAUCUGUGUCAUAUUUCCUGGGAGCUUUGUGACAGAUCUGACAAGAAUCCACGGACGACGAGUGAAGAAAAGGCCAGGAAUGUUAGUAUGUGAUGGCUCCAUCGUUCUUCUCCAAUCACUGUCGUACAACUUCUGUGAAGUCAGCCUUCAGGAGCUGAUCAGCAAAUAUUACAACAUUGUGACUGGAAAAGGACUUGAUAGGGCUAACAAUUCUGCAUCUGCCUGAGUCACGUGAUGAAGAAUGCCAAAGAUUUAUGUCGAAAACAUGCCCCCAGACAUUACCACCUGGCCAUGCACGUCUUGGGUAUAAUGACACAGGCAACAACCCUUAAUGACUUGGACGAACUUGUCAUCAGUGCAGCGGUGGUUUUUUCCAGUUCACACAGUGAGAGUAAUGUUGAAAAACAUUUCCAAAAUUUACAAAAGCAGGACAUUGUGACAUUGAUGACACAAUCAUUGUGGAGCAAGACUUUGUGAAUGAUGUGGGACCAACACCAUUUCAACACUAUUUUGAUGACAUCAUUCAGAGGCAAGAGCUUGGGACGCCGGACACUUGACCUUAACAACGUCAAGCACUUGGUCCUCAGUGAAUGCGACAGAGUGUUGGAGCAGCUAAGCAUGAGGCAAGAUUUCCAGGAAGUCUUUAUGACUGUGCAUCCUAAAAAGCAGGUCCUGAUGUUCAGCUCCACUCUGAGUCAGCAGAUGCGACCACUCUGCCGGACAUUCAUGCAGGAUCAGGAGGAUGCCUGCAGUCCAAACCCCCUUCCUGGCUUCGAACGGUUGGAAAAGUUCUGCUCUGCUCUGGUGGAAAUUAGCCUGACAGAGGACAAGCUGACUCUUUCCAGUGAGCAGAGGAACACGGUCCUCGCAGCCUGGAAUGCAGUGGAGGAGCAUGACAAGCAGCCGCAGCAGUUCAACCAGCUGUACAGAACUCACUGGGGCAACACCCGGUACUGCCGCACAAAGAGGGACGAUCUUGUUGACGCUGCUGUGGUCCAGAGGCUGAAGAUGGCCAAGCGCUACGCACCGGCUCAACAGGACAUCAGCGCUCAGCACAACAGGCUGAUGUACACGCUGGUCAAACUGCUGUGGUUGCGCUCGCCUCACGGAUCUCGCAGCAGUCCUGAGAAGAGCACCAUCUUGAAGGCGCACGAGAGAGUCCAACACCGGAUUCUGGUAGAGGAUCCGAUCCUGUGCAAAGCAGGCAUUCCUCUGCCAAAGAUCAAUGUCAAAACUGUACGGGACUUCAUCCGCCAUCAAGAGCGCCUCCUGAACCUGCAUGCCACCAAGCAGUCCUCUAUGGUCACAAAAACGGCCUCAAUUUCAUCUGCUGACCUCCCUCCAGCACCACACCAGCCGGCAGUCCUCCCUCCACCCCUCCACCCUCUGAUGGAGUAUGUGCCCACACCCAGCACUGCGGGGACUAAAGUGCUGAAAGGGAAGGACGGACAUAAUCAGACCAUUGUCCCGGCCUCCACCACCACUUGUUCUACUAUCCCUUAGGAAAACCCUGCCACCUGCACCGUCACCAGACCUGUGCCCUCCCUCUCUGCAUCCUCAGCAACCGCUGAGAUGGCUGGCCCCUCCACACAGCCCAUACUGCCUUGCUUACCUGCUCCAUCAGUCCUUCCAACUCUACCCAACUCUAGUUCCAUAUUUCUGAUAUCUUACUGGUAAGAUUGCAUGCACACUUGAAUGUUUUUGCCAUGAAAGUAACAUAAAACAAGCUGAAAAGUCCAUAACAUAUCAGUGGAAUCAGUCUAUCUCGUCAGCCCAGGAGUUAUUAUUAUGAUAUAUGAGUUAUAACAUAAUAAUAACUCUCUCCCAGAGAUCUCUAUUCUGAGGAGCUGUAAUCAGGGCAAUAUUGUGGCCUAUUGUACUCUGACGUUCAUUGUUAUAUUAAUAAUUAAUUAUUAUAACAUAACAAUACCUCAUCUAACAAUAAUAACACUAUUUUGUUGUAGUGGUGUUUCUCGACAAGUGUCUUUGAGUUACUUUAGAAAAUGGCGAACCCCAUCAUACGGAUCGUCAACCCAGAUGCUCCUGGACAUCGUCAGCAGGCCGUCAUCAUCGCCACCAAAGAGGCCCGGGACUACAGUGAGAAAAGAAAGGUCUUCCCCAACAGGAGCUGCUCCACCCGACCUCGGCCCUGGCCCACGCUGAGAAGCUCCUUCGAGCAGAAGGCGUCCCCGCUCCAUCGCGUCAGCUGUGCCUGGGAGAGCUGGUGGUUCCAUUCAGCCAGUAUGGAAAUGCUCCGUUCCACUGGCUCGUGGCCAACGAUGUGGGCUACAUGAAGUACAUGCUGGACAAGCACAGACUGGAGACAACAAACCCACAGACAAAGGGAAAGGUGGGGAACCAGUGGGUGAAGGACUUCCUCACUGAGGAUGCAGAGAGCUUCCCACAAGUCUCCAGUCUGCUUGAGGCCCACAUCGACAGUUGUAUCUAUGGCCAGAGAGGGUUUGAGCAUCACACCUUUCAGGAGAUGUGGGAGCUCUACAGCCAGUACCUCGCCCAGGAGGACCGGCCAGAGCAGGUCAGUGCUGAGCAGAGGGAGCUCACUCAGAAGGCCCACAGUUCUGUGAGGAGGUGGCUGCACACACCAGUGACCCACAUCACCAGCGUGCAGAUGAAGUGGUUCAGGAGGUUCAUCAAGGAGAAGGACCAAGAGAGGGUUGAUUUAUUUAUUAUUUAAAGUGUUUUGGGGCUAUUUCUUAAUUACAAAAUUGCUACGUCAUAACAUGUUGAUAGUUACUUUACAUUUGUUGUCCAUUAAUCACAGGUUAGCACCAGGUGUGAUGUGUCAUCAUGGCCAAAUGAUGAGGCUGAACUGGUUGCUGCAAGCCAGGCUGUGGAAGACUUGUUCAACUCUGAAGAGGCUGCACGUCUGGGAAAGAAGUUUAACAACAGAUGUAAUCAAUGAUGGACGUCCUGGAGCCGCGUCAGACUGAGGACCAAUCGGGGCUGUCCAACGAACGAAAGAAAAAGCACAGGGCAAGUCUGCUCUUAUUUAUGCUGAUUUCUACUUGUGUGAUCCAGAACAACUUCCAGAAUCCAGACCGAUGAGAAAAGCCUUAAAUAAACCGUGAAGGAAGGUCCCCCUCUGACACUAAAGAGGAGUAUCUACUUCCUCCUGCAGGGACGGAAAUAUUGCCGAUGUCUUCCAGCAAAUGUGUGAAUGGACUCAUGCCGUGUAGUUUGUAUGCCAAUGUUCAAGAUAAGCACUCCUCACUACCGUUACAUCGUAAUAAAGUCAAUAAACACAC